UCGUUACUCGUCGAACUGUGGCAGAGGGCAGAGCAUGGUUCUUUGAUGGUUCUUUCGCUUCCGGAGGAUCAUGCCGUUCGAGAGGUUUGUGCAGUCUGGCCGCGUAGCCUAUGUGAGCGAUGGCUCUCAUCAGGGUAAACUGGUUACCAUCGUGGAUAUCAUCGACCAGAAUCGGGUUCUAGUCGAUGGUCCAUCGUCAGGUGUACCUCGUUGCGAGAUGAGACUCAACGAACUGCAUCUGACUAAAUUCCGUUUACGUUUCCCAUUCUCGGGAUCCACUCGUGUCGUACGUAAAGCAUGGAACACGGCUAAAAUCAACGAACUCUGGAAACAGACGAUGUGGGCCAGGAAAGUUGAAGCAAAGAAGAAGCGUGCAGAACUCAGCGACUUCGACCGCUUCAAGCUGCGUAAAGCAAGGCAGAUAAGAAAUAAAUUGCGAACAGAUGCGUUUCACAGAUUAAAAAAGAAGACUAAGAAAGCUAAAGUUAAAGCUGGCGACGCAGCGAGUAAGAGCGCGAAAAAAGCUGAGAAGAAGUAACAGCAUUCUGGAUUAAAUACAUAAUUAUUUUACAAAGGU